AUGCUACUGUCAGAUGUGGUUGGGGAAGAACUUUCGGUCAAACCGGUCUACAAAGUCCUCCCAUGUCCAAACAAAAUCAAGCCCAACAGCAUUCGGCGCCGAUUCGUGAUCCCGUCCGGCAACCUCGCGGUUUACAUUGGGGCUGAGCAGUGCCGGUUCGUGAUCCCAACCCAGUUCCUCAACCUCCCGAUUUUCGUCUCCCUCCUGAAGAAAGUAGAAGAGGAGUUCAGAUUCCAGACGUGCAGUAGCCUGCUUUUGCCCUGUGAGGUGGGUUUUUUCAAAGGGGUUUUAAAGAUUCUUGAGAAGGGCGAGCAGAGAUUCUAUGGAGUAGAACUAGAAGAGGUUUUUAAGACUUUUUUCGAGGUUAGUUUUGAUCCUUGCAAGGAAAUGAUGGGAUCUUGCCAUGGCUUCACGCACCUGUUGCAGAAGACUAGGGUUUAA